UGACAUCUUUUUUUCCUUCGAAGAAACAAGGAAGUGUUAGUUAGCAAACCCACAGAGCCAUAGACAGUAUAUAGCAUAGAGCAAACCAGACAGCAGGCCAUUGUAUAUAUAUAUAUAUAUAUAUAUAUAUAUAGCUAUAUAUAUAUGGACAGCACAGCAGUCAAGUACAAGCUAACGUUAGCUGUUGGUCUGUUACAACUGCGGCACUCUCGGUUCACCUACCUUUCUAGCAAAAUGCCUGAAAUACUGACACCAAGGAUUCAAGCUAUUAAUUCAAGCAACACUAGUACUAGUAACAGACUGGAGGGGUUCAAGGCACACGCUGUGUUCCAGGAAAUCAACAAGAAGCUCCAAGAGCAUGCAGAAGCUCUUGGAGAUGAAGAGGACAUACAAAAACAAAUCGUUUUAGCACAGGAAGGGGAGCAGUUUGUGAAAAAGAUUGGGGGAGUGUUUGCCUUCAAAGUAAAGGACGGCCCAAAUGGACAGGAGGCAAUUUGGUUUGUGGACGUGAAGAACGGCAAAGGCUGUGUUCACAAUGACGCCGCUAAGAAAGCAGAUUGCACCAUUGCCAUGUCAGAUACAGACUUGUUGGCCUUGAUGACAGGGAAGAUGAACCCACAGUCUGCGUUUUUCCAGGGCAAGCUGAAGAUCACGGGGAACAUGGGACUGGCCAUGAAGCUUCAGAGCCUGCAGCUGCAGCCGGGCAACGCCAAGCUGUAGAUGAGAUGUCUGAGCUAGCUGCAACUACACCUCUGAACACUGAAUAGUUAACCACGAAGAAUAUUACAGCAAGUCUAGUUUCAGAUAAAUCUCAAAGGUCUGUAAAGCUUCUCAUUACAGGUCUGAACCACUUUUGUUCAAGCAACCUCACUGAUCGACCAGGGGAUUAGUCAGCAGCCCUGCCAAUAUAACUGGAGAAUAAGAUAGACAUAUUCUCUAAUUAAGUCCCUCUCACAAUAAUACUCAGUACACUAGAGUAGUGACAAGUGCUCCCUACUUAUAGAUACUAAUUCAGUUCAUGUCCAGUUUUCAAUAACUUCCCAUGUCUGUUGCUAAAGAAAUCUUUCUUUUAGUGUACUGUGUCUGGAAAUGUUUUGAGUAGAGCAGAUUGAUGUAAUUUUCCACAAUCAUGGACAGCAGCCUAAGUGCCUCCUCGUCUCAGACUUGCAGUUCGCUCUAAGGUUUUUAGCCAAUAACAUGUUUUUCACUGUGAUCGCCCAAUGUUUUAACAGAGGGGGUUGUACUUUUCUGCUGUACUGUCAUUAUUGUAUGAACCUCUAAAAGGAUUUCUACUUAAUAAAUUUUCUUUUGCAGCAA